AUGGUAGAAAAUGUAUAUCACUUUCUUGUUUUGAGGUUUAAUCAGAAAUAAGUUUUUGGAUUGCAAGUGGAUGUAUUUGGGACAAAAAGAAAAAAAGUGGGGUCAAUUUAAAAGUUGUUCAUUUAUGAACAAAGUAUCUUCCUGGCUGUUAUUAUGACUAUGAACUUAAGAAUUAUAAAGAUAAAUCUAAACUUUUAAAAUGCUCUGAGUAACUAUUAUCUUCAUGUUUGCAUGGAAGAGAAGGGCUUUUUGUUGUUUAAGAUAGGAAAUAUUAAGAAUUUACCAAAUUUGAGGAUAUCGAUGAGAGAUAUAUGUUAGUUAACAGGAUUAAGAUGUAAGUACAGAAAAGAAUUAUAAUGUACAAGUAUGAUCGGAGGCUGCAAAGAUACUGGAUGGACAAGUUGUUUAUGGGCGAAAGAAACUAUAAAUGGCCCUAGAUUUUACCAUUGUAAAUAAAGUACAGCUUUGGGCUGCAUAGAUUAGGAUCCUUUAGACAACUAUGGAGACUUGCUUAAUUGA